GGCCUGUUCCAGAAGGCCAUCGCUCAGAGCGGCACGGCCAUCGCCAGCUGGUCGGUGAACUACCAGCCCCUGAAGUACACCCGUCUGCUGGCGGCCAAGGUGGGCUGCGAGCGCGCCGACACGGGCGCGGCCGUGGAGUGCCUCCGGCGCCAGCCCUUCCGCGCCCUGGUGGACCAGGACGUGCAGCCCGCCCGCUACCACGUGGCCUUCGGGCCGGUGGUGGACGGCGACGUGGUGCCCGACGACCCCGAGAUCCUGAUGCAGCAGGGCGAGUUCCUCAACUACGACAUCCUCAUCGGCGUCAACCAGGGCGAGGGGCUCAAGUUCGUGGAGGACUCGCUGGAGAGCGAGGACGGCAUCUCGGCCUCCUACUUCGACUUCACCGUGUCCAACUUCGUGGACAACCUGUACGGGUACCCCGAGGGCAAGGACAUCCUGCGCGAGACCAUCAAGUUCAUGUACACGGACUGGGCCGACCGCGACAACGGCGAGAUGCGGCGCAAGACGCUGCUGGCCCUCUUCACCGACCACCAGUGGGUGGCCCCGGCGGUGGCCACGGCCAAGCUCCACGCCGAGUACCAGUCGCCCGUCUACUUCUACACCUUCUACCACCACUGCCAGACCGACGCCCGGCCCGAGUGGGCGGACGCGGCGCACGGCGACGAGAUCCCCUACGUGUUCGGGGUGCCCAUGGUGGGAGCCACCGACCUCUUCCCCUGCAACUUCUCCAAGAACGACGUCAUGCUCAGCGCCGUCGUCAUGACCUACUGGACCAACUUCGCCAAGACCGG